ACGGUGGUCCAGUCACGGGUUGACCAGUCACCAGUUCAGCGCAGGUUUAGUCCCCCUUGACCGGAGCUGGACGUGAAUCGUUAACCGUGCUAGCUUGACAGCUCCGUAAGCUGAGCCAUAGCCCCAAUCCAUCCAGGCUCCCCUCAACUACCACCUCCUCCACCCUGAUACUUCCCAAUCCACCUUGCCUCUCUUCACCUCCACUUUCGCCUCCAUAUCUCCACCUCCACCUCCACCUCCCGUCGCCAUCGGUCUUCAUCAGACUCCGCUAUCGACUCUCUACAAGAACUUCUGUCGCUCUCUGCGCUUCGAGGCUGCAUCCAUAGCAGUUUCGAAAGCUACACUGCAAAUAAGGUCCGAAGGCUGUUGCUUCAAUACGUCACCUCAUCUCCCCAGCAGUGUGCAUCAACUGCUAUUAUGGCUACUCAACCUUCAGUCACGAUGGACACUCUCAUCACCAUCAAGGUAGCCUUGGAAGGAAGUAACAGAAGAUUCAAAAUCCCUCUCAAGGACCUCGGAGCCAACGUCUUAGAGAAUAAGCUUCGAGCUGGCCUUGCUAUUCCUACGAAUCAAAAGGUUGUCUUUGAGCGCUUUUCUGAUAGUGCUGGUGCCUACGUCAUCCUUGACCCUUCCAAUACCCAAGUCUAUAAAACUUUGUUCCGCGCGGCGAAGGCCAAGCUCAAGCUCCGCUUGAAAGCGACCAUUGUUACCAAGAACGACACGGCUUCGCCUGCAGCAGUUGAAACGAACCCCACGGUUGGGACAAAUACCUCCUUGCCAUUAGAUCUCAAUGGAAUGAGCCUGAGCCUGAAGCAGGCUAGGCCAUGCGAGCCUGAAGCACCCUCGACUACUGCGGCUACAGAGGCCAUCGAGGAUAAGAAACAAGUUUCAAGACCGCAAAGCUAUGUAACCUCAGGACUUCAGACACAACUUGCCUUCCGUGCCAAGGACACGACCGUAGCCUCUCCGUCCUGUGCCUGGUCAGUCUAUUGCAACCAGUGCGACAAGCCCAUGUCGAACGAAUAUUUCCACUGCAGCAUCUGCGAUGACGGCGAUUAUGACCUUUGCGUCACAUGCAAUGAAACUGGAUUUCAUUGCCGCGAUGCCAGCCACUGGCUAGUCAAGAGAUUUGUCCAGAACGGCCAAGUUGUCAAUAGCACCUCAGAGAGAGUUGCGCCACAAGUGUCGGCUCCGGCUCCAACAGGCCAGAAGAUUCAUAUUCAGGAAAAGCAGCCUACGGUCAUGCAGACGGACUUGCUAUCGCGAACCUGCAACUCUUGUAUCAAUAUACUUCCGGAGUCAGAGUUUGUCACUUGCAAGGAUUGUGAAGACUACGACCUUUGCAUUCCUUGCCAUGUAGCAGCAAGGCAUGGUCACCACCCAGGCCAUACCUUUAUCCCUGCUACUAAAGAAACCAUGAUUGGUCCGCUCGCAGAGUUCUUGUGCAGCGCUGGCAGGAAUGUACGUCACGCCGCUGUAUGUGAUGGUUGCGACAAGUAUAUCUAUGGUAUUCGUCACAAAUGUCUCCACUGCCCAGACUGGGAUUACUGCUCCAAGUGCGUCAAAGCCGCUAGAUUCAAUCAUCCAUCGCAUCGAUUUGUACCAAUCUACGACCCCCUUCCAGAACCUCGUUCGAUGCCAGUGAGACACCAUGGCAUCUUCUGUGACGGCCCUCUUUGCAAGGACAGGAAAAGCGGAGAGUACAUCGAAGGGGUUCGCUACAAAUGUGCUGUAUGCAACGAUACUGACUUCUGCGCAAAUUGUGAAGCUGCUCCAUGCAACAGGCAUAACCGAACACAUCCUCUCCUCAAGUUCAAGACACCUGUCCGCAAUGUCAGUGUGACUACUAUGGGCGAAGAUAGGCAAGGAUCCGCCAUGACUAUCAUGGGAGAUCACAAAGCGAGUGGCACGCGCAGAUCUGCGUCCACUGAAACUGUUACUGUCCCUUCAACAAAUGCUGCCACUCAGGUCCAGACAGUCAUUGACUUCAAACCGCGCGAGGUACCCAUCCUCAAGCAAGAGCAGGCCAAUAUGAAUGAUCUUCUGGCGGAGCCAAUCCAGGAGAAGGAUCAAGUUCAAAAUUUGAUGACAACGUCUCUUACGCAGGCUCCUUCAGUAGAGACCAUCGAUUCACUCGAAUUGGUAGCUCACUUCGUGCGCGAUACCGUCCCUGAUGGAACUAAGAUACUUCCUGGGGCACUGUUCACUCAAGUGUGGACCUUGCAGAACCCCGGUCCUCAUCCGUGGCCUGCUGGUUGCAGUGUUCGUUACGUAGGUGGAGACAACAUGCUGAAUGUUGACGACAAUCACCCGUCCAGUGCAACAGAGAUUAACGAGGCUACUGAGAGUAAUGUAAUUCAGCGCCUGGUCCAGGUCGGUGAGGAGGUCUCGUUCCGAGUUCUCAUGAAGGCACCAAAACGCCAGGGUAUCGCCAUUUCAUACUGGCGUCUCAAGGCCAUGGAUGGAACGCCAUUCGGGCAUCGCUUAUGGUGUCAUAUCGACAGCACGAGCAAUACUCCGGCCAAAGCCACCAGCAGCACAAAGUCUGGAAAUCCUUCGCAUCCAGAUAGUCGGUUCUAUUCCCCCCAACAGCAACUUCUGACACAUCAUCAGCAACUUCUAAAGCUGCAGGCGCAAGCCAUAAAAAGACGCCAGGAGGCUGAGGAUGAACAACAGAAGUCUCGUCAACAAGAAGCCACUCUGAUCGAGGCUAACCUGAAGCGUCAUGCUGAAGUGCGCGCUGAAGCUAUCGAGAGUAUGCGUCGCGCAGCCGAGCUCAUGGACGCGGAACUGGAACGGUCAUCCCCCUACACAGUAGAAGAGAAGCCGCCGGUCAAAGUCGCCACGGAAUACGCAAAGUCUUUUGAACAGAGAGGCUCAAUGAUAUUUCCCCAACUUGACAAAGAGUCUCCAAUAUCUAGCCUGCACGAGGCGGUCACUGCUCUGCAAUCACACGCUUCCACUGAACAAAUCGAAACGGAGACAAUCCAAUCACCCAGUGUCCAGAGCGACGUUGACUUUUUUGAGGACGCGGAGACCAUCGAGUACUCGGAAACUUCGGACGAGGGCUUUGCCACCGAUGAAGAAUACGAGAUAUUAGACGCUAGCGAUCAUGAACUUCAUUAGGUAGCAGGCAGAAGCUAACAUACGUAUGGACAACUCAAUCUUGCUCCCCUACGCCCGCCCACUUCUUUCUGUAGAAGUCUGAGGUGCCCGGAAGGGCAAAGGCGCGGCAAAAUCUAAUAUGUCUAACCGGAUUUUUCAAGGUUUCUUCCGCUUUAGUAUGUUAUUUUAUGUGUAAGGGUUAUGGUGUCGGACGGGGGACGGCAUAGGACACUCCUUUGAGAAAUUAGACUAAUGUUUAGGAGCAGAGGCUUUCCACUCUCUUGAAAGCUUGUGGUGCAGGUGAACACUUAGCGUUUGCUUCAGCUA